GAGGAGCUAAACUGGAAUGUGGAGAGCAACAUGGACCUCAGCAGCAGCCUCUCAGAGAAACACCGAAAAUGAGCAGCCAAGCUUCUUUUAAGGCCUUCUUUCAUAAACAAAAGCAGCCUUAUUAACGCUGGGGACACCAGCUGACCGGUUGGUUUUUAAAAGUCGUUUUAGGGUGAUUUAGGAGAGACUUCACCAACCCCCGGUUUGUUUACUAGCAGGUUCUGUAGGUUCUGUAGGUUGUCGAGCUGAAGGAGAUGGACUAUCUUCUGCAGGUCAAAAUAGGCGCCCUCGUCGGCUUGUUGCUUCUCACUCUCCUCUUUGGGUUCAUCCCUGCUCGGAUGAAAUGGUUCCGAGAAACAAGUGGAACGGAAACCCAUCAAAUAGUGCUGAGUUUUAUCAGCUGUUUUGCGGGCGGUGUGUUCCUGGCUGCCUGUUUCUUGGACAUUAUCCCAGAUUACCUGUCUGACAUAAGCGGGCAACUGCAGGGGCUGGAUAGUAGUUACCCUGUGGCGGAGUUCAUUAUGGCAUGUGGCUUCUUCACCGUCCUGAUCCUGGAGAGGCUCGUGCUCAGCUGCACUGGCCACGGAAGUGAGGAAACUACACCUCUGCUGCCCCCAAUGGGCCAUGGACAUGCUCAUGGACAUCGCUCUGUGAACGAUUUGGAGGGCAGCGCCCAACACGUCCAUGUGGAUCUGCAGGCCCAUUCCUCCUUCCGCUCCUUCAUGCUGUUUCUGUCUCUCUCCCUGCACUCAGUGUUUGAAGGUUUGGCCAUUGGAUUACAAGCUACAGACGCAAAGGUGCUGGAGAUCUGCAUCGCCAUCCUGGUUCACAAGAGCAUCAUCGUCUUCAGCCUGUCAGUGAAGCUGGUACAGAGUGCAGUUCCCCCCUUAUGGGUGGCCAUCUACGUCAGUAUUUUUGCCAUAAUGUCACCGAUUGGCAUCGGGGUGGGCAUCGGAGUGAGUGAAGCCCAGGUCCAGGCAGGUGCACUAAUCCAGGCAGUUCUUGAAGGCCUGGCUGCAGGAACGUUCGUCUAUAUCACCUUCCUGGAGAUCCUCCCUCAUGAACUCAACUCUCCAGAGAGACAGCUCCUUAAAGUCCUCUUCAUCUUAGUAGGCUUCUCAAUUAUGGCUAGUCUAUGUUUUCUGGGCUGAGAGACUUUUUUGCUGCUGUCCCAACACGCUGACCCACAGACAUUUAAUAUGAAGCUUAAGGACCUCACUUCAGAACACUGCGCAUGUUGUGCAGAUGGCUUCCUGGGAUUUGAUAAAUGCUUAAAAGGCAAGAAGCAUUUUUAUCCAGUUGACGGAUUUAAGAAGUUUUUUAAAACUGACAGAGACCAAAUUAAAUAGACUUGCUUUAAAGUGACAGCAGUUCAUUUUACACCAUAACAAAGUGCCAUAGACCAGCCAAAAGUGCAACACACUGUUUACCUUAAAAAGGGGAUAUGAACUUUUGUUUUGUUUUUUUUUAAUCAAAAAUAUAAUUUUAAUGCAAACUGACACAUUUCAAUAUUUCAGUACACUCUGACAAGAUUCACUGAGUAAGGAUGCAGUGCAGGUUAUGAUUUUAUAGUGUAAUCAGUCCAGGGCUGUAAGGCAGUCUUUAAAGGGGAAUUAGCCGAUUUUUCAAAAUAUCUGCGUAAUUCAAGCGUUGAGAUGUAAACAAAAUCGUUCAGAGUGGUUUAGUGCAUUUCAAACAAACUUGCUGACUUUUUUU